CUGCAGGUCUCUUCGGUGCUCUCACCGACAAUCCCAACAAAAGACAACGACGGUCGACCGUAGGCAGCGAUGCGGGACAAGGGAAUCUUCAAUAUCAAAAGGGCUCUGCCUCGCAUGAGUUGGAACCCGGUCAACCUGUAUAACCUUUGGGCACGGACAGUCGGCCCUUUAGCCCAAAAAAUCGGGGACAUGAAAACCAGUAACCGCACUCUUUUCCAGCAGCGUUGGCUCUCAAAGGCUCUUGUUCGCGCUUACCAUGGCGACUACAUCCCAGAAAAAAUAUUCAAACGAUGGUAUCUCUUAGAAACACUGCCCAACGUCCGACCUCGUUCUGCCAAUACUGGGGACGAUACAGCCAUGUUGAAUGCUUACGCGGCUAGACGAGAAAGGGUGGAGAAAUACCAUGUAGCGGAAGCCGAGAAAGGACUGGCUCCCGUCGGAAGUCUUAUGUUCUCUCCCGUGGAACGGAGAAUUGACGUCUUCAUCUUCCGGUGCUGUUUCACACACAGUGUGUACGAAGCCCGUCGUUUGGUCAUCCAUGGUCAUGUCAAACUCAACGGGAAGAAGCAUUCGGAUGCCAAUACGCGACUGGCACCUGGCGACAUGGUAUCCGUGGACCCAGAUGCUAUUCGAUUCUUCAAAACGCCAUCAGAGCCCGUCACGGACGUGAAUGACUACGAAAAACUCAAAGGCAAAAACCCGAGCCUCACACCGUUUUAUCUGCCUCACUACGCCUCACCUUGGCUUUUUAUCCCCGCCUACAUCGAACCCAAUUUCGCGACCUGCUCCGCUGUGUACGUUCGCCAUCCUACGGCCCGGCCAGGUUAUUCUGAAAUCCCCACACCGUAUGACGCCGAUGGAGAUGUUAUUCGUUUCGCAUGGGAGUGGUAUGCGAAGAGCAGGCCACGUAUAAGAUCAAAGUCACAACUGGCUAGAAUGCCGGAAGACAGGGCGUUUGAUCCUACACCGCUCAACCUUGAGGCCGAGAGGAAGAGACUUAGAAAGGCAGCGAAACAGAGGGCUGCUGCGAUGUCUGGGGUGAUCUUAUAACGUAGCAACACUCAAUGAAGGAGAUGUUAGAUUUCUCUCUGAGUAUCAGCAUCUAUAGUGCACACAUCUCACUACUGGAAUAUUGCCGCUUUUCGGGAAUUUCGUACUUAAUACGAUAUUCAAUCAUUCGUUUGGCUCGAAUCUAAGUCCUUUUGCUCGGGCUGAAGCCAAAUUUAUCAGUCCAAUAGACUCCAAUUAGGCCUGACAAUCUAUAUACGCGAUAGUGCUGAAGUCACUGUCGAAGGCGCGCGGACUAGCUAUGGGAAACAUUCUUCCAAAAAUAGUCGAGGGAAAAAUUGCAGCCACAUCUUUGAUGACGCUUGUUUACC